GAGGAGGAAGAGGGGAGGUGACGAGGCAAGAAAGAGGCCGGCUGGCCAAAAAAACAACUCUGCAUUGACAGAGAGAUUAAAUGUAACUGAAAUGUUGCUGAAAUGUUGGUGUGAAAUGCUAUGGGUGCUAUUUUGGAGAUGCUGCCAUAAACUAGGAUAAUUUAUUGGUUUUCACCACGCAUACAGACAUCAUUAUGGGCCAGCUGUUGUCAUCAGAAGAAGAGAUUGCUCAAGUGAAGGAUGCAAUUGGUUCUCUCCUCUACGACGCCAUGUUGGAAGGCGGUGCCAUACCUGACCUCGGAGUCGUCCACCCUCUCCUCCUAGCCAAUAACGAUGAGGGCUCUGACUCCCCGGCCAGCCUCCAGGAACAACUGCAACAGCUGAAGGGCGACAUUGAGAACAGGGCGCCGACCUACCUGAGGGAUCUGAUCGGCCGAUUGUCAAGCUUCUCAGAUGAGCCCCGCCUGGCCGGCCUGGUGGGAUUAGUGGUUACUAUGGUGAUGGACAUGGCCUACACAUCAUCAAAGCAGUCAUCAGGUGUGAAAGGGAAGUCAGCGGGGUCAUCAUCAUGCCAGCAGAGAGUCUCGGAGCUCCAGGAGGUGAUGGAGGAGUACCUGAAGCGCUGUAGGAUCAACCUAAGUGACAAAAGCAGGCUGAUCCAGGACUCCAUCAGACUUGAGGCCCAGCUUAGCCUCAUCCUUACACAGCUGAAGGCCUGUCUGCUGGGGGGAGACUGUGACUCCAGGUCUCUGAGACACUGGGCCAGUGGAGCGGCAUUUGACACCCAGGUGUUGGGUCACCUAGCUGGUCUUGAGGGUCAGGCAGAGCCUCUGGCUGCAAGGGCAGCACUGGAGCAAUACAAGGAAGAUCUCGCACAGAUUAUACCUGCUUACAGGCGUUAUAAGACCAGUACUGUGUGUGUUGGGAAAUGUCGAGGGGGUCUUCUAGCAUCAUGUGACACCUCCAGCGAGGUGCCAGAGGAGGGAUCCAUGACGGGACUCACUGUGACAGACAGAGAGACCGGAAAGAGUGUGACCAUCCCUCUAUCUGCCAUGGAGAUAGAGACAGAUGCUGCCAUAAACUAG